AUGUCCCUGCCGGCUCUCUUUGAGCAGGUUAGUAAGAUUCAUCUAGCGGCCUCUGAAUCCAGCGUUGAUCAGGAAACUUUGAGAAAAGGUUGCGAAUCUCUGAAAGAGUGCGAGGAAAUGAUUAGUAAGUUAGGGUUAUUUUCCUCCAACGAGACGAAAGAUGAUAUUAGUACUACAAAUCUCAAGUACCUUCUGGUGCCAUUUUAUCUGGCUGAGCUGACAGAAAAAAUUGCACAAGAUGAUAGGAUACAAAUUCUUAAGGCUUCACAAGCAAAGUUGAAGGAAUUCAUUUCCUUUUGUGAAGCAAAAGAGCUUGUACCUGAAGAGGAGUUAGAAAUAUCUACCCAGGGGGGUCCUAAUUCUUUUGUGGAUCGAAGGGCUAAGAAGAUUGCUCGGUUCAAAAGGCAAAAAGCCGCAGAGUCGAAGUUGCUGGAAAUAAAGGAGCGGAAGGAACGUCGUGGUCGAUCAACUAAAGCAUCUGCAUUAUCUACUCCUAUUGAGGCAGGGGAGGAAGAUGCGCUUGAUGAUGAUGGGGAAGAAGAAAGGGAGGCAUGGCUUACUACCUUCUCUUUGGCUCUUUGUAAGGCUUUUGAUCUUCUGGAAAUGCUAAAGAAAGAGGAAGAAAUGCUUUCUGCCAUGAAGGAAAAGCAAUCACAGGCAUGGCUUACUACCUUCUCUUUGGCUCUUUGUAAGGCUUUUGAUCUUCUGGAAAUGCUAAAGAAAGAGGAAGAAAUGCUUUCUGCCAUGAAGGAAAAACAAUCACAGGCAUGGCUUACUACCUUCUCUUUGGCUCUUUGUAAGGCUUUUGAUCUUCUGGAAAUGCUAAAGAAAGAGGAAGAAAUGCUUUCUGCCAUGAAGGAAAAGCAAUCACAGGCAUGGCUUACUACCUUCUCUUUGGCUCUUUGUAAGGCUUUUGAUCUUCUGGAAAUGCUAAAGAAAGAGGAAGAAAUGCUUUCUGCCAUGAAGGAAAAACAAUCACAGGCAUGGCUUACUACCUUCUCUUUGGCUCUUUGUAAGGCUUUUGAUCUUCUGGAAAUGCUAAAGAAAGAGGAAGAAAUGCUUUCUGCCAUGAAGGAAAAACAAUCACAGGAAGGGACGAAGGAAGUUUCAGGUGGUAUUCUUGAUGAGCGCACCAAGAAAGCAGAAGCAUGGCAUCGUAAUGCUGCAGCUCGAGUUCGAUACACAAAGCCAGCUCCACCUAUUACAUGUGCCACGUUUGCUCAAGAUGUCUUAGAAGGAAGAGCAAAUGUUUCCCAAGCACAUGAGCACAAACACCAGCCAAUGAUAUUUGGACCAGCCAGUCUUGUGGGUGGAAACCCAACAAGCGAAAGGGAAAGGAUGGCAGCGCAGGUUUUCCAACCUCACCACAGAUUGCCAACGAUGAGCAUUGAGGAAGCUGGACUAAAAGAAAUGGAGAUUAUGAAUAAAUGGCAAGAGAGAAAUGUGAAGCUCAUGGAAGAAGCCAAUUCAUCUUGGUACAAGGACAGCCGGAAGUUGAGGCCUGGUGAAGAGGAGGAUGAAGAUGAUGAUGCUGCCGUAGAGAAGGCAAGGGCAUGGGACGACUGGAAAGAUGAUAACCCUCGUGGUGCAGGCAAUAAGAAGCUCACCCCUUGUGGCUAAGAGCAGCUGGUGACUACAUCUAUGCUCUAUCAUAAAUUAGUUCAAAAUUUACUGAACAUCUCAUAAAUAGUCAUCUUGUAUGAAUCUUUAGCUGAUUGACAUUGUAAUUCCAAUUUUGUUUGUCCAGCAUAACUUAGUUCCUUGUAAAUUGGUGUUGCACAUGGAGUAGUAUUAUGGUUAUGAACUUGCUUGGGGAAAAGAGCUGUAAUAGCUAUCUCUGUGUCUUCCAAACAGUAUAUUUGCUGAUUAUGUGUCUUUUACAAUCUAAGAUUUUGAUGGUCUGAUGGAG